UCUCCAGUGCCUACAUCUCCAGAGCAAGGAUUGGUGACAAAUCCUGGAUGUACUACCAUGCUGCAGUUAAUCAUGCAAAGGUCUUGGCCAUUCUUGUUACUGCAUACAAUAGCUAGUACAAAGAGAGUACUGAUGGGGCCUUGGUGAUGAGUGAAAGGUAAGCAAUGUAAUGAGCUACUGUGAGUUUUGUCAGAGGCUUGCCUUGCAGAUGAUAAGAUACCAUCCAGUUGAGCAGGUUGAUAACUGUGAUGCUAGACUGAGACAAUGGAAUAAAGCAACUCACAGAAUCAGAAGCUGGAGACCAACUAGUAGGAGGAAGGCUUGCAAGAAUAUCCUUACAAACGGGAAGUUGUUUGCGUACCACAGCUUGCAACUGUAUAUCUGUGAUACUAGCUAGUAGACUGAGGCAAUGGACUAAAACAACUCACAGAAUCAGAAGCUGGAGAGCAACUAGGAGGAAGGCUUGAAAGACUAUCCUUGAGAACAGGGAGUUUCUUCCAUUCCACAACUUGCAAACCAUUGCAGAGAAAAUGACAAAUUGAAGAUUUUGCUUAACGCAAACUGAAAAAUACAAAAAGCAUCUUGAGGCAAUAGGGUCAAUAAAGUCAAGGAGCAAAAAGAUUUGUUACAUAUGUAGUGCCAACAAUUACUACAGCAUCUGCAAGCUGUGUGAGGUCCCCCUUGUUUGCAGCACCAACCCUCAGUCAAAGAAGAGGGAUUCCAACAGAGAUCCCACCAUCUGCAUGUUUUGUCACAGCAACCACCACAAUUAUGAAUGGUUUGGGCUUGGAAGAAGUGACUACUGUUCCAGAGUAAGAAGGAAUGACAAGAAAGUACAAGAUGGGAGAAACUGAAACCCUCCAAGCAAUGAGGAAUUGAGAGAUAACUCUGAGUAUAUGAAAUUCUAAUUGGAUAUUGAGAAUGAGGAAGAGGAGGACAAUGCUAGCAGUAGUAGUAGAGGAGACGGCGGCAAUAUUGUUGUUUCACCAAGCAGUAUGGAUGCAACCAUUGUUAACAGCAAACUAACUCUACCAAGUGCAGAUACUAGUACUGCUGAAUUAACCUCAGUCACUGGGGGUGGAGUUGUUGGACCAAUAGAAGCAGUUGAACAAACAAAAUAGUAAUUAUAUAAAAUAUUGAUUGUUCUAUUUGGUUGUUGCUGAUUUGUUUGCUCAUUUUGUUGUUGAUAUGGUUGCUCAUUUGGUUGGUGAUACAGUUCUUGCUGACAGGGUUGUUGAUUCAGUUUUUGAUUUGGUUGCUUAUUUGGUUCCUUAUUUGGUUCCUUGUUCUCCUCCUUUGUAGCAAUUACUAGUACACCACUAGCUUACAUCUCCUUGUAGUCCUCUGAAUCCCAGGAGAAGCUCGUCUGAUCCAUAUCUUAAGGAUGUCCCCACUCAUCAUACUAGGAAAUUUUCUUUGCACACUGGAUGGAAGGAGUGAAGUUGUUUUCCCUCUUCAUUACUGUCCAGUCGUACAUUUUGGGCCCUUAUUUUGUGUGUAAUGACUAAUUUGACUAAAACAUACAAAAUGCACCAUGUGCUCAGUACUACUUGAAUUUUUGAAUCCCACAUUUGUGCAACCAAAAUAGUUUUGUGCAUAUGCAAAAUAGUUUUUGUUUUCAUGUGCAUGCUGUAUGCCUAGUACAAGUCAAAUUUUUAAUCCUACGAGUCACUGCAAGGUACUAAUUUAGAUGACCCAAAAUUGACGCACCGUACAAAAUGCACAUAGAGAGUUAACUAAGGGUCAACUCACUCUAACAGUUAUAUCUUUGUCCCAACAGAUGCUUAACAAUGAUAAGCACAUGAAUUGAAUCCCAGUUAAACACAAUUCUAGUAAGAUUGGGGAGUUGGGGGGUCCUAUUAGCAGAAGAUAUCGAUAUAUGUGUAUGAAGUUAGGAUUAAAAAUGUAUGACUGGUUCAGCAGGAAUAACUGUGCCAACCCUAUACAAUAGAUCUAAAAGAAACACUUGUGAGUGUCCCCAACCUUCACCUUCUGGUGAGGGAGCAGUGGCUGGUCUUCUUGAAACAGCCAGCACAGGAGGUCUCACUGAGCUCAUUGAUAGGGAUUAGGCUUCCCAUUCCAUUUCCACUCCUCCUCCUCCUACUUCCAGUCUUGGUUGAGGACAAACAGUACUUGAGGGGAAGGAUCAUCAAUUAUUUCUGGUGGUGGGGGCUCAGGAGCAUUGGGGGAAGGUGCAGAGGUAUCCAUUACUAAUACCAUUUGAAUCUUCCACCCAAUCAUCCCUCCUGGAUCUAUGCCCUUGGUUAACUCUGCUGCUUCCCUUGCCUUUGUUGCUGGGUGUCAUUUCAUCUCCAUGUUGCCCUUUACAAUUGUGAGCUUGUGCUUGGACAUCCAGUGCUUGUAAGCACAGGCCUUGGGUCCCCUGCAAACAAGAAGCAUCAUCAUCCUGGUUUGAUGCCUUGCCUCCUCCUUCUUUGUUUUUGCUCUCAUCCUGUUUAAUUUUACCCUCUGCUUUGAGUGGGGACAACCAAACAAGAGUGCUCUUGUGUGUUGUGGGGAAACUGAGUGGGGGGAGCUGUUGGGGUCAGGGGUAUUGAGGGACAAUAGGUUUUUUGUGUGGUGUGGAGGGGGGGAGAGGGGAAAUGGAGAUAGGAAAAUGACAAAAAUUGACAGCCAGGGGGGAAUUGCCAAAAACUUGCCAGCAUGGGAUUUGUACUUCGUAGCUCUAGAUAGUCCAGAUCGUACCAGCAACAGUUGCGCGCUGUGCUUGCGCGCAUUUCGCCCUUUUGCCUUUUGGCCAUCGGUCGAUGUUUGCAGAAUUUUUUGUUUUGUUCAGGUUUCGUUCUUUACGAUUCGUACAGUACGAGUUCCGAGUACGAUUCCUCGGCAUCGUCGUAGUAAUGUACGUAUGUUACGACAUCGUACCGUACUGCAUUCCAUCCGAGACGAAAAGUGUGAGCGACGAUGAGUUUCGAUGUCUCUCUCAAAAACAAAAAACACACGUUCAGCCUUAGCCUUGAAAGGACUAGUGCGGUACGAGCGACUUCUCUUGUACUCGUUGUGGUUGAAAGCCCAGUAAUUUUGAGAUAUUGCCGGCAACAGUUGUCAAAGUAGUAAGAUAGAGACCUUCAGGAAUCCUCCAAAAAAGUCACGAAGACUAUAAAUAGCGCACAGCAAUCAAUUUGUCAUCUCAUUGUGUUUAUUUCCAUUGACCUGUCCGUAGGACCAGCAUUGGUAAAAUAUACUCUGUCGAAAAUCUGCUGUUUUCACGUUGCGACUUUUCAGGAUUCUUACGGGCAUCUCGUCUGAAGUCUAAGAUAUUCCAUCGUGGGUUCGGCCAUAUCUAACCUUUCAUUUUUAGAGCUGUAUUUGAUGGGUUCGGUGCAAGUCUUUGAAUACUUUCUAGAUUUCUGAAUUCUUCUCCCAUCUAGAAAAAAGAAAACAUGGCUCCUAUCUUUCCUUCAAUCGGAAUAACGCCCCAAAUAAUUGAUGACGGAAGACUUCGAGUAUUAAAGAGUAGCUUAGAAUCGAUCAUCUUCGAUACACCCUUAAGUAGUGCUUUUCAGGGAAUCGAAGAGAUUCGUGCUCCGUUGGAUAUCGAGCGCCUCGUCGUGUUAUUAGAACCUUGGCAGUCGUGGGGGUUUGAAGAACAGGUAAAUCAUGUUAGUUGCGCUUGUAGUCGAUGCCAAUUUCCGUUUGGAAAAAUGACUCACAUGAUCCAUGUUUAUGUUUGACUUUCGUAGGUUGACCUUCAAGAAUGGGUCGAGCCUUUAAACAGAAUCGAUGCUUCCUUGUCUUUCUAUAUCCAGAAAUAUCCGUUUCUCUUACUAAUUAGCCCUGUUGAGCGGACUACAUCGAAGGGUGCAUCGAAGCUUGCCAAAUGUAUUGUUUCUAAACCAGCGCGUUCAAUUGAAGAAGUAAACGGUGUGACUGAUUCCGUCCGCAAUAAUAUCUUAGUCAUCUUGAAGUUUUUGUCGGGGUUGUUGACAAAUUCCUCCAAUAAAUCUGUUUUCAAUUCAGUCGAAGAGUUGGUUGACCUCUUAGCGGCUGCAGAUGACAACAUUGCAUCUGCGUCUCUUGAAACCUUGUGUGCUUUGGCCAUGCCACCUUCUUUACACAAGCAGCAAGUUCCUGAGAUUCAACAGCACUCUUCCGCCUUGCACAUUUCGAAAACUACAUCACAUAAACGGCUUACAGCUCUAGCUAGGGGUUGGGGUACACGUGGAUCAGGCUUAGGAUUAUAUGCCUGUGCUGUGUCCGACGACUCGGUGUUUGGUCAAGGAUCUCUUCCACAGCAAGCGGGCGAACUCAAUUUUUCCUUUUUUAGAGAUAAAGCGUAUGAAGAAAAUAGAAAGGGUGAGAAUGAAGAGGAAUCCUCUCUAGUUCACGUAAAUCUACCCGCGAACAGUUUUACAGAAGAUUCAGAGAUGAUGUUCGAGGCCACAUUGAAAAACAGCGACGAAAGUGAUGAUUCCACAGGAAGUAAACAAAAACGAAGAAGAGUUGCUCUCCCUAUGAAAGUUGACAGAACUAUCCGAUCUACUGCUGACUUAUUCUUUCAGUGUCUUCGACAGGCCGGUGGAGUAGAAAGAAUACCAGCCGAUCGACUCUUCCCACUGCUAGCGGAUAUUCGCCUAACAAGAUCGUUUCAUUGCCAGGCAUCAAGAGUUGCUGCAAUCGAACGACGGCUUCGCGCACUCAUUACAAUUCUUCACGCGAAUCCAUCUCAAGAGGUAAUGUCUGGGUACUUUCAAGCGCAACCAGAACUUUGUGUCGAGCUCGUAGAUCUUCUCCGUCCGACUGUUUCUUCUGGAGCAGUUUCAGCAUCAUCAGCCGCACCAAAAUCCAGUAAAAUUCCUAGACAAAACCGGGAUCAUAUUGUGACCCUUUCGAAUUCUCCCAUUGUUCCAUACCAGAUUCGUGAAUUGGCUCUUCAAUCAUUGACAGCGUUAGCUGCUCGGAGGGAGGGGGGAAAUGGAUCUCUGACAGGAUUUGCGCGCCAUUCGAAUAUUCUAACCGAGCUUGGAGUUGGGAAGGGACAGUAUCUAGGCCUUCUUCCAACUUUGAUACGAUAUUCACUCGCAUCUCUAGGAUCUCUAGUUUCUACUCCCUCUUGCCGUGACAUUGAAUCAAAUGAGACCAUGGCGUCUUCGAUCGAGAAGAGUAAAGUUGAUGCUACGGCCAUGGAUAUUGGCUUGGCAUUCAUAGAAGCUACUUCUACUCCUACUGUCCCGAGGUUCGAACAACUGGAAAAGGCACUUCUGUUCAUGGAUUCUGUGCUCACCUUAACAUCGGCCAUUGUGUCGACACCAUCUGGGACUUCAUCGCUAACUGAAUGCGGUCUAGUACCCGCACUACUGAAUACAGUAUCGAUUGAUGCAGAAGUGGCCAGUAUGAAGAUUAUGCCAGAUUCGUCAUCAGAAUCGGAAAUAUUCAGGAUACAGUCGCUGUUAAGAUUUAUUACAGCUCAAGCUGUUCAAAUACUCGAAGGCGCUAUUGUCACCCACAGCAAUGCUCUCUCCGCAUUUCACAACCUUAAGGGGGUGGAGGUGCUUACCGCACGGCUGUCGAAGGAAGUUUUGGGUGCACGCGAAAAAAGUACCAAGAACGGUUCAGACAACGAUUGCACAACGAUGGAGAUAGACAAAGCUGAUUCAGCUUCUAUUGGUGGUGUUGAAUUGCGGGCUUCCCAAAGAGUAGUACUGUUUGGUGUCGUGACUUGUUUGACCGUAGUAUUUCAUCAGGAAUCUACAUCUUCAUCUGUUGCGACACCUUCUGGUACAGCGGAAAUACAGAAACCUGAACUAACCAAGGCUUUGAUUGAGAUCUUAGAUAAUGUUGACUUAUAUGGUGGUCACCUCGCCUCUCUUAUUUCGACACUUUUGUCGGAUGUGAUGAAUAGUGAUCCUCAUGUUGUGAAGUAUGUCCAUGAAAAUGGCCUAGCGCGCUCGUUCCUGAAGAUGCUGGAUGUCGGGCCUUCUGGUGUACCCAUUCCACCGCCAGUCCCCGAACUGAUCAUGUCUAUACCAACAGUCUUGGCUGCACUAGCUUUGACGGAAGCAGGCGCAAAAAAGCUGGAGGAGAACAAUCCUUUUCCUGGGCUACUGAGGCUUUUCCAUCAUCCAAAAUAUGCCAUGCCAAGGAGUCGAUGCUUACUAAAUGAAAUGACAUCAAUAGUAGGAACGGGCUUGGAUGAAAUAAUGCGCCAUGUUCCAUCAUUGAGUAAAUCUAUCUGUAAGGCAAUUGCUAAUGCGAUGAUGGAUGUUGUAGCGUUCGGGGAUCAAGUUGCGCUGAAGGAGCAUAAUGAGACCGCUGCAGAUACUCAAUGUCCUCAAGCAUUGGAUGUAGAUCAUGAGCGAACCUGCCUCGUACAAUAUGGUCUGAACUUUGGACAAAUUCUUGAGCAAAUUCUUCACAACGAGGAGCACUGUGGACCUUUCCUAGAAUCAGGAGGGCUGGAUGCUAUUCUCAAGAUGUAUCCUUAUCUGAUGCCAACGUCUGAUAGAUUUCUUGCUCACAUAAGUUGCCUAAGCUGCCCGUCACUGAGCACAAUUACACAUUCCUCAACCGAAGAAACUUUGACGUUAGCUUUCAAAUGUAUCGCACUGAGAUGUGAUCCGUCGAAAAUUAUUCGAAAAACUUUGGGAGUUACGAAAGAAAACUUGAACAUACUGAAAGCCACGCAAUGCGAAAUGAAAUCAGCUUUUCCAUCAGAAAAUCACCACAAGGAAAACGAUUUUGAUGCCUCAUUUAUUCUCAAUGGCUUACCUUGUCUUUCCAUAUACGAUAUAACAGAUCCCUCAUUCAACUAUAAGAAAAAGCUUCUAGCGAGGUAUCUUAGAGCCGCUGUGACAAUACAGUGGUUAUCAGGGCUGCUUUCGGCAGUUAUUCAGGCAUCUUGUCAACGCAAUGCAGAUGCUGGUCUUUCCCCCUGGAAUCGAAGCGAGCGUGAGUGGAUAAAGGAAUUUUCUUCCCCUGAUUUCAAAGAGGUUUUCGACUGUUUGACAAGUUAUUUUCAGUCCGCCAUACUAGAAGUGUGUAGGAUACGUUCAGAAGAUAGUUUUGAAGAACGAGAGCUAAAGAGGCAAAGGGGGAAUGGGUCUGAUCACGUGCGAUAUAAACUGAGGAUAGUUUGUGCGGAAGGAGCGGUCGUCCGUGAUGGGAUCGAAAUCGAUAGUUGCGCAAGCGUUGGUAGCAUGGAAAUGGGUGAAAUUGUCGAAUCAUUUGAUCGCUGUGUAAACUCAUCAGGCGUUUUGCGAUAUAGAACACGAAGAGGUUGGCUAUCAGAACAGACGCGAGGCCAUGGAAGAGAACCUAUUGCUGAAGUACUAUCCGUGUGGAAGUCUCAAAUUGAUGACAAUGAUGAAAAGGCAGAGAGAAACGUUAAGGGGCGCAUCGAGGAUGGUAUUCCUGAUAUUCGUAGCAGUGGGGCUAAUGUUUUGGCUAGAAUUCAACCUGUAUACGUCGAACUUUAUUCAUCUCUUCUUCGAUUGGUGCAGCAGAGUUUGCCUCGUCUCUUUUCGGGAAAAGGAACCAGUUCUAUGGUCACCGAUCUCAUGAAGAUGCUAGGCUCAGGAAUUAAGAAAGGUUUCGAAAAAAGUGAGGUUUUAUGCGCAAUACGACAAUCACCGGAAUCUACGUGCACUAUCAACAAAUUUGGCAUUGCUCUCUAUCUUGGAUCGUUACUUAGCCAUCUACAAACUUGUGUUUUUGAAGAGAAAAAAGAGAGACAGACUGUAAAUAUGCCACUGCUAAUCCUUGUGGCGAAUGAGCACCUUGAUACAACGGGCCAGCUGUGCCAUGAUUCAGAGACAACAAAAAUCAAUUUUUUUGAUGCAAUAAAAUUUAUUUUCGAGCUCUGUCUCUCUGAUUUUCAAUCAAGAGCUUCCAAAAUGAGUACUGGCGAGGCUAACAAAGAAAGCCCAAGGCAAAGCUUGGAUAGAACAACUGCAUCAUUUCUCCCUCCAGCAAUUGCUCUACUUCGUCGGCUGAUAUCGAGCCCACUAUGUACAUCGUCUCAGACAAUCGAAGCUCUCGAAAGAUUGAAAGAAAGUGCGUUAUUUGUUAUCAUAGGAGCGGAAGACCAAGUCCGAUACUCUUCUGACGAUGACAAAAAUAAAAACUUUUCGUCGCAAGAUUUUUUUCAGAGGCUAUUAUGCAAAACCUCUGAUAUUAUAAUAAGACCAUGGAGUGAUUCAAGAUUUGUUCAUGCACCGCCGCAUGUCGUGCAUCCGUUUACGACUUUGGUAUCAGAAACGAUUGUCGCUCUCGAAGACUCAACAAUAAGAGCGCCAUCCAAUUCUACAUCUGCGAGUCAAGAGGAGAACUUGCCAGAUGCUUACAGAGAUACAAUAGCACGUUUUAGAAGAGCUCGUUCAAAUGUUGAACAAUUUACAGCAGCGAUGAAUGGUGCACUCGGGAGAGAUAAUUUUGAACCAAGCGAGGAAGUAAUAUCACGCAUGAUGGAAAUGGGCUUUAGUCGGGAUCAUGCUUGGGAUGCCAUUGAUAGAACAAGAUCCAAUACGAUACAGGUCGCAAUGGAAUAUGCUCUUUCUCAUCCACCUGCAAGUGCCGAAGAUAUCGCGCGGAGAAGAUCAGACCGAGAGAGAAGGCAUCGUCAGCGUGAUGAACAGGGAGGAGAAUCGAUGCAAGGGACUUCUGAGGCAGGUGAAGGAAGUCAACCUAAUUCAGGAGUCAAACAGGCAGAUUCUAAUAUUGGAGCCAUGGAAAUCGACCAUGUCGAGUCUAAAGGUGGCGAAAAAUCUGAUACUGAAGUUUUGGUUGAUAUGGUUGCAUCACGUAUCAAGUCGUGGAAGGCAGAAAGCACUAGGGUUGUUUAUAAUUUCUUAUCAGAAAGAAAAUCAGAUGUCGAUAGGAACACAGUGGGUGAUGGGGAGAGGGAAGCUACAACAACUGUCUUAUCUUCGUUUUUGCUUGAUGUUUGCCAACGAUAUCCUGGCGAUAGAGAUCAGAUUGCCGAGAACUUAUUUCGUUGUCUCAAGAAACAAUUAGAAGAAAAGAAAGACAGAGAAAACGUCUAUUGGAACGUGCUAUCUGGACAUGAAUCAAGUAUGGCUUCUUUUUGUCAUUGUGCAGUUCUUUUUAUCCGCGCUUUACCAAAGACAAGACCGCUUGUGCUGAGAGCAGGCCUCGUCGGCCCAAUCAUAUCUGUCAUCUCUACCUACCUACAACAACCAAGAUUGAAGGAGCAGGCAAUACAAAACAGAUGGCCAUCAUGGUUGCCUUCUGCGCUUCUCAUGCUUGACAUCAUGGCCCAACCUAUUGUAGCUUUCGCAACGAAAAAUAGCUCAGGCGAUGCCAUAGAGUCUGAACAAUCAGGUGACGACAAGGAGUUUCAUGAGGUGAAGAAGGAUCACGAAAAACAGACACGUGAUCUCUCCGCUUUAGCUCAUCGUCUUUUUUCGGCGUUGAAUGAUCAGAUUCAAACCGAUGAUAAUAAUUUGAAAACCAGAACAGCUGAUACAUCAAAAAGCAAGCUUGGUUCACAAGGGGAAGAGAUGAUAUCAACGACGAGCAACGGUGAAGAAUCGACAUCCAAGUUGGUGGGGAACGGGACACUUUUCGAAUCUGUUCCCGCUUAUUUUCCGCUGAUUCCAUCUCAACUUGCUGAGACUUGUGCGAAUAUUUGCCUCACUAUCAUUGGAGAUGACUCUGCAUCUCCCCCUCCUGGGAUCAUCCACGCGACGCUCCUUUUGCUGAUGAGAUUAUUGCGAAGUUCGAAAAUGUCGACAUACUGCUUGAAAGCAGGAGCUGGGCCAAAAAUACUGAAUCUUGGCCGUCGAUGCCGCUUCAACGGUCAUUCUGGCCUGGUCGAAUUUAUUUUCCGAAGACUACUAGAAGACGAAAUCAAUCUUCAAUCUUCGAUGGAAACUGAGAUAAGAAAUUGUAUCUUGAAGUUGGACUCAAAAAAGGAUGACAAAGUUCCGGGCAACAAAGAUGUAAUAAGUGUUCCACGGAAAGCUUUUGUGAAGGCAAUAACACCUAUCCUUUGUCGCGAUCCAGCUUGUUUUGUGAAGGCAAUGGCAGUAUCUAUAGUUUUUGAAAAAUCUAAUUCCAACUCGGAUGGACGUGUUGUGCUGGUCACAUCUACCCAAAGAUCAAAAAAUUUAGAAAUUGUUUCAGAGACACUGAAUUUGAAGCAAACUCACGUGCUAAACUCAAGAGUAUCGAUGAGCAGGAGAUCGAGUUCAAGCAAAACAAAAAGGCUGUCGAAUGCUUCAUCAGGAACUAGAAGUAAGACGCCUACUCGUUCAGGCAAGCGAAGUCAAACGACUAAGCGAAGUAAAAAGGAAAAAGCAGAAUCAAAAGAUAGUAUCAGUGACGAUAAUCCCAGACGUCCGACUUCCCACACCUCUCCAAUCCAACACAUCACUGGACUUCUACUCAACCAAGUAGUCCAAAUAGGUGUGGAAAAAAUAUGCGGCGAAAGCGAGUCGAAGGAGCUACAGCGUGAUGCUUUCGACUUUGGAUACGAAACAUCCUUCCUUUGGACAGCUAAUAUAUUGGAAAUUCUUGCUGACUUAGUUCUUGCGAUACCUGCUUGUGCGACUGCAAUUCACAAGUUCAAGCCGUCUCGGAGGAAUCGAGAUUCAGCCUUCGCUACUUUAAACAAUGCUCUCCAUGGAUGCCCAAGUCCCCCACGUACGUUCGUUAGCUUCUUGCUCCAUGGACUUCUAUCACAGGAUCGCUGGAAUCAAAAAUCAAGAAGACAGGACAAUGAAGCGAGCUUAGACGUGGAAUGCGCUUCAGAAAAGCAAAGAAAGAAGAUGGGGUUUCUGCGAACCAAAGUAGUUCGAUCAACAGCUCGACUUCUUGUGGCAUUGGUAGCACGCCCCGGCGAAGGACGACGCAGGGUUAUUGUGGAGCUAGUAUUUGCACUGAGUGGAGGGCAGCUUGGCCUAUCUUCUGCUUCUUCAUUUCGUCCUGCCAAAUCGUGCCUACAUCCUCAUCUAAGUGAAUUACACGCACUUCAAAGUUGGGGCGAACUAUGUAUCGGUUUCGCUGCCCCCAAAAGCAACGGAAAUAAUUAUGAUUCUAAUAACUCAUUGAGUUCCGAGGUCAUAAAGAUAAUGCUUGAAAACGGCAUGGCUCACGCUCUGUUGGUGGCAGUUCACAGAGUUCCGCUGUAUCAUCCGAUGGCAUCAAAUGCUCUUGGUGUCCUCAUUCUCCCAUUUGAAAUUAUGACUAGGGCUAGUGUGGCCAACUCUGUGAAGUCUAUCGUCGAGAAAGAGGCGAGGAUUCGUGAGGAUAAGGAAAGUGCGAAAUCGAAUAGACAGGCUAUGUCGAAAGAAAAGAACUCUGAUCUCAGCCAUCGCCGCGAUUCUUUUGUCGCUGAUGACCACAUGCUCGAAGACGCCUUUGCAGCAGAAAUACCACGUGGACAGGGAUCUCCGGAUGAAUCAUUCGAUGACGAAAUAGUAGUUGAUGGCGAGGUCAUGGUUGAUGGUGACGACGACGACGACGAUGACGGCAUGGAUGUUGACAACGAGAAUUACUAUUUGAGUGAUGAUGAAAUGUCUAGUGACAGUAAUUCUGAUGGCUCCAGUGACGUAGAAGAUUCUGACGAAGGUGACUCCGAUGACGAGGAAUCUGAUGAUUCUGAUGACGAUUCUGAUGACGACUCUGAUGAAGAGUCAAUUCUAGAUGAUAUGGCUGAAUCAGAAGAUGUUUAUAGCAGAGGUGAAUUUGAAGAUGAUGCCUUCAACCUUGACUCUAGAGUAGAUCAAUUAGUGGAAGACGAAAACGAAUUCGAAGCAGUGAACGAGGGUGGAAGAGAUCAUGACAUAGAAGAAGGAUGGACACGAAUUGAGUCUAAUGGCAUUAAUGGAAUGGUUCUUGGUAGUAGAAGAGCCACAGGACAGCAUUUGAGUGGACCUGGAACUGGGAGAGGAAAUAGAGGCUUCAUGGAUGCAGCAGAAGCUAUGAUUGGAACCCUUCUCCGUACAGGAGAAAUUCGCAGUGAAGCUCUAGCGGAAAUCGAGGGUACGUUGGGUAUUCAGAUUAUGCCAUCAGGUGAAAGGAACCGCAGAGUUGCAUCAGGACGUCGUCCAAUAAAUAGUGGUGCGUUUGGAAAUUUUAUUUCAAGGCAGGGUAGAACGGAAGGGAAUAGAUCUAGCACUUUGUCGAGAGAAUUGGUGGGUACAAUUCCUCUAAUCAGCCAAAGAAAUCAGCCUGAUUUUGGAUAUUCAUCAAUGGGAAGGGGGACUCGAUGGAAUGACGUAAAUUCCAUGGAGUAUGUGUAUGGUGGGCCCUGUAUUACGGCUGGCAACAGGCAUUACGACCUGAUUUCCCCCCUUGUGGAACCGAAUGAGAACGAUUUUUUUUCAAGUUCAUCAGGACUCAUUGAUGCACAGCUCUUCCCCGAAGGACCUGCCGCAGCUACACAUGCAAGAACUCGACAUUGUACUCAUCCUCUUCUCGGCGACGUUAUUUUACCACCAGUAAACGCUAUUGUAUCAGAUCUGGAGUCGCAUGAUAUUGUAGCCAGAAGAAUGAUUCAACCAACCGCUCGAAGGUUGGAAGAAUGGACAAGUCCCAGCUUCAGUUCCGGUCGAUUCUUUGUAUCAAAUUCAAAUGGAGCAAUUGUCCGUUCGAACCGAACUGUGGGCAAUCAUCGUCAUAGAUCGAUGGAAGGACGUUCGUCUCUGUCUGGAUGGACUGAUCACGACGGGUUACCUUUUGAUGCAAGUGUUGAAGAGUUUCGCUCUGCUUUCGAAAACGCACUUGGAGAAACAUUUCCAGCUUCUUCUUUUACAAAUAGCGCAGAACCAGCUGUCGCUAGCAACCAAGAAAAUAGCAAUUCCGAACGAAAUGGAGAGCCAGCAGGAAACAUACAUACUGAAAAUGAUUCUAACUCUCCAACUCAAGAAGAUGUUGCGAUGACAGAAGAAACACCGAAUCAAGCAGGUCCGUUGAGUGGAAACCAAAAUGAACAUGAAGAACACGACGGUGAUGGCGUGGCAUCAUCGCUGGCUGUUGGUUUACGCCUCUCACCCCCAAUAAAUCCUGCUUCGGAGCAACAGAUUUCAAGUUCAAACAACAACCAAGCUGGCAAUACUUCCGUUGCUAGUGGAGGAGAGCAAGAUAAUGAGAACGAGGUUUCUGGUGAGGCCGUGGGCCAAGAAACCGAACCCGUUAGUGCGCAAGAGACUGUAACUGGCAGCGGCGAUCGAGAACCAAAUCAAAGUGGACUUGUUUGCCCAUCGGGAAUGGAUCCAGAAGUAUUUGACGCACUCCCAAUCGAAAUGCAGCAAGAAGUUAUCAAUCAAGCGCGAGAAACUUCGGCUUUGGCUGAUCAGCUUGAUGCUGGUUCUUCGCUGGAUCCCGAGGUUCUUGCAGCAUUGCCAGAGGAUAUGAGACGUGAAGCCAUUGAACAAGAACAGCAAGAACGCCGUCUUAGAGAUCAAGCACCUGCAGAUCCAUCUAAUGCUGCAGAGAUGGAUAACGCAAGCUUCAUCGCUUCGCUGGCGCCUGAGCUCCGAAAUGAUAUCCUUCUGACUGCUGACGAAAGUGUUAUCCAAAGUCUCCCUCCAAAUAUUAUCGCUGAAGCUCAAGUUUUAAGAGAGCGGCGUGCACGGGCUGAAGCUCAAGCACAUCGUAGAAACUUCGCCGAAAAUUCUACUCAAGGCAAUCAACGUACGAGUACAAACGCAAACAAUGUAGUAGUGAGAAGUAACAUACAAAGUGGACAGGGUAGAGAUCAGGUGUCUUCAAGACGAAAACAGCGCACUGGCAAAAUUCGAGUCGACUCUGAUAGGAAGGAGAUUGCAUUCAUUCCUACAAGAGGACAUGUAUCUUCAACUAUUAUUGCAAAAUCUGACUUGAAAGCUCUUAUUCGCUUUCUAUAUCUUCUUUCCCCUAUCCGGCCACAUCGAAUCCUGCAGAAGGUUUUCCAAAAUAUUGCCACGAACUGUAACCUUCGAUUGAUUUUGUCUUCCACCUUUUUGAAUUUAUUGAAUGACAAAAAAUCCGGGGCGUUAUAUGCGUUAAAUACUACAAAUUCUCUGUACUCAGGUGCUGAGGAUUGGAGGGAGAAGAUAGAUGGUCUUUUCGAAGGAUCUCUUCAAGAUUUCCCUCCGGCGUUGUUGAUUGGAGCAGCACCAGAGGUGUUAGAAAAUGAUGGAUUGAAUCCAAAUAUUGUGUUGAUUCGACGAAAGCAAACCAGUGACACUGCGGCAUCGAUUGCUGCAAACCUACCAAUCUCCUCUCGGGGCUCGCAGCAUGAGCAUUUUCUGCCGCCUGUGGUUUCAACACGAAUGCUAGACACACUUUUGCAAAUGUGCAAAAAUUCACUGCGCUUUUGUCUCGAUUUACUUGUGAAAAGAAUGAUCGUAGGUGUUGAAUCUGAGAGUAGUCAGCCUCCCACAGGAUUUGAGAGUCUGUUGGAUCUUCUGGAAAAACCAAGAUACUCAAAGAGCUCAACCAACUUGGAGCAAUUGCUGAACUUAUUAGAACUUGUUGUAUCUCCGUUAUCCCAUAUUCCAAGGCUUGGCGAGGAAAGUGUCGACGUUUCUCAGAAAGAUAUCGACGAAGCUUCAUCACAAGGGAAGGAAUGGGUUCAUGUUCCACGAGUAGUGGUUUCACAACAUAGACUUCAGCUCCUGUGCUCUAUUUUACGGAUGGAAACAUGCAAGGAUACCUCUUUUGCAAAGGUCAACACUAUUGCACGGAGACUUUGCCGUGUUGAUGAUAACMGGGGUUACGUUUUGACUGAGCUCGCUUCAGUUGCCCGUGCACUUGGCGUUGAUGCUACUCGCGAUCUCACAGCCCUGAAUAUUAGAAUAUGUGCUACCAUCGAUGAGAACGAAAAUCGUCUGUCGAAGACGGCAAGCCUUGGUCCAGAUAAUCCGUCAAUGGGGAAAGGGGCGUCAACUUCUGUAGCUGUUUCAACCAGCACAAGUGAAUUGAAACUGCUCAGGGUUUUGCAAACCCUCCAAUCAUUAUGCACAGAAACGUCUGAUGAUGGGCCUAUGAAAAAAAAUGAGGGUGUUGUUGUCACAGAAGAACUCGUCCAGUUGCUUGAUGCCAUGAAUUUGGAUAAGUUGUGGUCAGAGUUGACAUCAUGUUUGAAAGUGGUUCAAGUUUUGGAGGGUGUGAACAUCGAGGAGGAUGCAAACAAAGAAGCAGACGGAAAUAAUACGGAUGAGUUUGGUGAUGAGAUAGAAAUGGGAGCAAAAAAGAAGCUUGAGAAUAGCGUUGCUGGAUUGCUGACACGAUUCCUACCGUCAAUUGAAGCAUUCUUCGUUGCCAAUGGGUGUUUCACAAGGGUUACCAAAGACAUCAGAAAUAACACGCAAAGUGAAGGCACAACGACUGAUAGGCGUUCCACGCAAUUGGUUGGUGGGAAGAAGUUAUUUGACUUCGUCGAAGCAAACAAAGUACUGCUCAACGCACUUGUCAGAAAUAAUUCUAGUCUUCUCGAAAAAGGCUUCAAGGCGCUGAUUUACCUUCCUCGAUGCAGGAUGUUGCUAGAUUUCGACGUGAAGCGACAUUGGUUUAAGCUACACGUUAGGCGACUCCGACAGCAAGCAAAUCGUCGUUAUGGUAGUAUCCGUCUGCAUAUUCGUCGCGACUACGUUUUUGAAGAUGCCUAUCUCCAAUUAUCUCCAAGAAACUCUGAAGAAAUGCGAGGGAGGUUGCAUAUUACAUUCCGAAACGAACAAGGUGUUGAUGCAGGUGGGCUUUCUCGUGAAUUUUAUGGAAUAUUGGCGAAAGAAAUCUUCAACCCAAAUUAUGCUCUUUUUACAUCAACUGAAGAUGGAUGCACGUUCCAGCCGAAUCCAAAUAGUAGCGUCAACCCUGAUCAUUUGAGCUACUUCCGAUUUGUAGGACGCAUUGUUGGAAAAGCUGUAGCUGAUGGGUAUUUGCUUGAUUCACACUUUACGAGGAGUCUCUACAAGCAUAUGCUCGGAAAAGAGCCAACGCAUCAUGACAUGGAGGCGAUUGAUCCAGACUACUACAAGAAUCUGAAAACAAUUUUGGAGUAUAAUCUUGGCGAUCUUUGCUUAGAUUUGACCUUUUCAGUGGAAGACCAUUCUUUUGGAAGAAAUCACGUCGUUGAUCUUAUUCCGAAUGGUCGAAAUAUUCCUGUAACCGAAGAGAACAAAGCGAAAUACGUCAGUCUUGUUUGUAAGAAUCGAAUGACUACGGCUAUUUCAAGUCAGAUCAAAUCGUUCCUGGAUGGAUUCCACGAGCUUGUUAGCAAAGAUCUCAUUCAAAUAUUUACUCCGAAGGAACUUGAAUUGCUGAUAUCCGGUCUUCCUGAUAUAGAUAUACAUGAUUUGAAGAAAAAUACUGACUAUAACGGGUGGAAAGCAACGGAUAGGCAGAUUGAAUGGUUUUGGAAUGUUCUGUUCUCGUUAUCCAGGAACGAGAAGGCUUCCUUUUUACAAUUUGUGACAGGAAGCUCCAAGGUACCACUUGCAGGGUUUGGCGAGCUCCCUGGAAUGCGCGGUGUGCAAAAGUUCAGUAUUCACAAAACUGGAGGGAGUGCUGGCUCACUCAUGUCUGCCCAUACGUGCUUCAAUUCCCUCGACCUUCCGGUAUACAAAAGUGAGCAAGAGCUGCGUGAAAAAUUAAUUUACGCAAUAAACGAAGGUGCUGUAGGGUUUCUCAUGGCAUAGUGACUUUUAGUUCACAUUAAUGAAAGUAUUGAAAGCACUACGUUGCAUAAAACACAGCAGUUUUCGAUCCACAGCUCAUGAAACUCGCACCGCCAAAAGUUCCAACCAGUGACUAUUGCUCGAGACAGCUUCUCUAGUUUGAAAAAGACGUUAUCAAUUUCUUGCUGUAAACGAUCGAAGUAAAAUCUAAUUAUAUUUAAGUAUAGUAAAGUUUAAUUCGGACA